AUGAUGCUAUACAAGUUAGUCGUUCUUGGAGAUAAAGGUGUUGGAAAGAUAUAUGACCCAACUAUAGAAGAUUCAUAUCGAAAAAAAGUGGUCAUUGACGAUCAUCCUUAUGUUAUAGAAUUAUUGGAUUCUGGAGCAGAAGAUAUAUUUCUAUAUUAUCAAUGGAUCAGGGAUGGUGAAGGUUUUCUAAUAAUGUAUUCUAUAACCUCAAGAUCAACAUUUGAACGAGUAGAACAAUUUUACGAUCAAAUUAUACGUGUAAAAGACAAUGAACCUGUUCCACUUAUGAUUAUGGGUAAUAAGUCUGACAAAAUAACUGAGCGUGAAGUUUCAAGAGAAGAAGGGAUGAAUAUGGCAAGAAGACUCAAUUGCGAGUUUGUUGAAGGUUCCGCAAUAACGGGUGUGAAUGUGGAAAGGGCGUUUUAUAGUGUGGCUAAAAUGAUAAUACAGAAUAGCGAAGGGG